UGGCUGACGGCCAUCGGAGCCAAUCAUUGGCCUUCGCUUCGCCCACCGGUUCUUGGAUCGGUCGAGAGGGAGGAGAGGAAGGGGGCUCGAGGCGCCAUUUGUACCGCACCAUGGGGAGCACAUGUACAACCCGUGGGUUCAGCUAUCGCCUUCUCUCCCCUUCUUCUCCUCUUCCCAUAAAUACGCCUCCCCUUCGCCCAUUCUUCCCGCCAUCAUCCUUCCUUGCUUUCUCGUCUUCUCCUCGUUCUUUUGCUCUCGAUCCCGCAAACACAAAGAGUCCUCUUUUCCGGUUCGGGUCAUCGUCUCCGAUUCGCUGCAGCUCUUCCUCUCUCUCAAGCGGCAAGGGAUCCGGGUUGGGAUCUUUUCUCGUAGAGAAGACUAGAAAGAAAGAAGAAGGGGAGGAAGGAGAGAUGACGAUCACUCCGUCGGUUCGGAUCUCCGAUGGAAAGCUGGUUGUCAGGGGCCACACGAUCCUCUCCGACGUUCCCGAUGCCGUCAUCAGCUCCGCCGCCAGCUCCGGCCCUGUCGACGGCAUCUUCCUCGGCGCCCAGUUCGCCGAGACCAGCUGCCGGCAUGUCCUUCCUCUUGGAACCCUAAGGGAUGUUCGAUUCAUGGCGACCUUUAGAUUCAAGCUAUGGUGGAUGGCUCAAAAAAUGGGAGACCGAGGGAGGGACAUUCCCCAUGAGACCCAAUUCCUCCUCCUUGAAUCCAAGGAUGGCGAGGAGACCGUCUACACUGUCCUCCUUCCCCUCAUCGAGGGGCCCUUCCGUGCCUGCCUCCAAGGCAAUCCCCGCGACGAGCUUGAGCUUUGCCUGGAGAGCGGUGAUGUUGACACCCGGUCAGCCGCCUUCUCCCACGCCCUUUUCAUCGGCACCGCUGUCGCCGACCCCUUCACUGCCAUCUCCGGUGCUGUUGCUGCUGUCAAACACCACCUCAAGACCUUUCACCAGCGGUCGGAGAAGAAGCUCCCGGGCAUUGUGGACUACUUUGGGUGGUGCACAUGGGAUGCAUUCUACCAGGAGGUCACUCAGGAGGGUGUCGAGUCUGGCCUUCGCAGCCUCACUGCCGGCGGUGCACCUCCGAAGUUCGUCAUCAUCGAUGAUGGUUGGCAGUCCGUCGGCUCCGACCAGCCUCAAGAGGAAUCCGAGAAGCCUAAUUCUUUGUUCCGGCUGACUGGAAUUAAGGAGAACAACAAGUUUCAGAGCAAGGAGGAUCCAGCAUCAGGGAUCAAGACAAUCGUUCAGACAGCGAAGAACAAUUAUGGACUAAAGUAUGUCUAUGUGUGGCAUGCCAUCACUGGGUACUGGGGAGGGGUGCGGCCUGGGGUGGAAGGGAUGGAGGAGUAUGGAUCAAAGAUGCAGUAUCCGAAGAUACCACCUGGAGUGGCGGAGAAUGAGCCAUGGUUGAUGACGGAUGUGAUCACCUUGCAGGGGCUGGGGCUUGUGAACCCGAAGAGAGUGUACAAGUUCUACAAUGAGCUGCACAGCUACUUGGCUGCAGCUGGGGUGGAUGGUGUGAAGGUGGAUGUGCAGUGCAUCUUGGAGACCCUUGGAGCUGGCCUUGGUGGAAGGGUGGAGCUCACACGACAGUACCACAGGGCACUUGAUGCAUCGAUUGCCAAGAAUUUCCCUGAUAAUGGCUGCAUUGCCUGUAUGAGUCAUAAUACCGAUGCACUCUACUGCUCGAAGCAAACAGCGGUGGUGAGGGCAUCGGAUGAUUUCUACCCAAGGGACCCUGUUUCGCAUACCAUCCACAUUGCCUCGGUGGCUUACAACAGUGUCUUCCUUGGUGAGUUCAUGCUCCCUGAUUGGGACAUGUUCCAUUCUCUCCAUCCUGCAGCUGAAUACCAUGCCUCUGCUCGAGCAAUCAGUGGUGGACCGAUCUAUGUCAGUGAUGCUCCUGGAAAGCACAACUUCGAAUUGUUGAGGAAAUUGGUCUUGCCUGAUGGCUCCAUUCUUCGUGCUCGGUUGCCUGGUCGUCCUACAGGAGACUGCCUCUUCUCAGACCCAGCUCGUGAUGGUGUUAGCUUGCUCAAAAUAUGGAACAUGAACAAAUUCACCGGUGUCCUUGGCGUGUACAACUGCCAAGGUGCAGCGUGGAGUUCGACGGAGAAGAAGAAUGUGUUCCACCAUACUGGAUCAGAUGCUCUAUCUUGUGCAGUGAAAGGAAGCGACGUUCAUCAAAUUGCAGAGGCUGCAACCGACCAUGAUUGGAAUGGUGAUUGCAAUGUCUACCGCCACAGAGAUGGCCAACUAUUGGUCCUUCCUCACAAUGCAGCAAUGCCUGUCUCCUUGAAGGUUUUAGAACAUGAAAUCUUCACCAUCUCCCCCAUUAAGGAUUUAGCGCCUGGAUUUAGAUUUGCACCACUUGGCCUGGUAGACAUGUUCAAUGCUGGAGGAGCAGUUGAUGGCCUCACAUACCACAUUCUGGGUGGUGCCAACAUUUUGGAGCUGGAUUCUAGUUUUGCAGGGGAGAUGAAUGGGGCCUUGAUGCACUCGUUGGAGAACAGAAGUGGCGAUGCUGUGGCCAUGAUUUGUAUGGAAGUCAAGGGAUGUGGGAGAUUAGGAGCUUACUGUUCGGUUACUCCGAGGAAGUGUAUGUUGGGCUCAGCUGAUGCUGAGUUCUCAUAUGAUCCUUCAUCUGGGUUUCUUACUCUUCAAUUAGAAAACAUGCCAGAGGGCAACAAGAGAGCUCACAAAGUAGUGAUUGAACUGUAGUCUGAUACAACAUUACAUUCUUUCAUUUGGGAAAGCAUUUACAUUUCAUCAGAUUGAUCAGAUUCAUUGAAUUGUUCAGGAAAGAUUGAUUGAUUGUUGCUAAUGAGAGAUUCAGAGAUUGCAUUGAUAUGCAAAUUCUUGCUCUUCUGAUGACAAUAAAUCAUUACAUUGAAUUAUUCUUUUCUUUUUAAA